GGGAACGCAACUUCCAUCACUUGCUCCUCUCCGCUCGACGGGAGCGCUCAGGGCGUCACCUGCAAAAUUCGAAAACACCCCGCUCUCACCGACAGUCACUUCACGCAGCCGUCUGACCGCCGUGGCAAAACGAAAUGAAGUGGGACGUUGCUUUCUGGAGUCGGUGGCGAGACUUUUCCGAGUUUCGAAUCUCGCUGCGGUUGGACACGUUUGCGCUUCUCCUGCUCUGGAUCGGAGGACCGUCCGGCGCGCGAGGUGAGGUGGCAUCACGUGCCAGCGUGAGUGCCGAGGCGGGCCGACCCCUCCUCUUGGGCUGCAAUGUCACCACGGCAACGGGCGACAGCGUCCAUCAAGUGCGCUGGCUGGACGGACGCGACGAGCUGCUGCUGGCGUACCGGCACGCCACGCCGAUCCGCGUCAGCCACCGAGCGCCCGGCGUGCGGCUGGUCUCCUGGCGCCGGGACUCCAGCUACAUCGCCAUCGCCGAGGCGCGCCCGCAGGAUGAGGGCUGCUACCGCUGCAUCUUCGACGUCUUUCCUGCGGGCUCGCAACAAGGCAGCACGUGCGUCAGCGUGACCGCCAGGGCGCAUCAAGACGGCGACGAGAAAGCCCAGCGUGGCGAGCCGGCCGCCCUGUCCUGCCGGUACGGCCUGCCCGAUCGGGUGCUCCAGGUUCUGUGGAAGAAGACGGCGGAAGGGGGCGGCGGCGUCACGGUGGCCUCCUACUCCCCAGGCCACUACGACGUGGAGGAGACGCUGCGGGGUCGUCUGAGCCUGAGCCAGAGUCUCGGCCGCACCCGGCUGGCUUUCCGGGCCGUCGGCGUAGAGGACGAGGCGUGCUACACGUGCGAGUUCCACACGUUCCCCGACGGCACCAGGAGCGCCACCGCUUGCCUCUCUGUUUAUGUUUUACCCGAGGUGACGGUGGCCCAUGUGAGCUCGUCUUCAGGCGUCACCGAGGCCAACUGCACCACACGAUCACGGCCCGCGGCGCAGAUCACUUGGAGCAUCGGCGGGGACGACCAAAGUCUCAACACGUCGUUUGUUUCCCGCUACGCCGAAGGUGACGGCAUAACGACGGUGACGAGCACGCUCGUCCUCGCGUCAGGCACGCUCACAGAGCGCUCGGUCCGGUGCGUCGUACGCCAUCAGGGACUGGAAAAACCUCUCUAUGUGGCCCUCCACAACACACGCGGUGUUGGCGUGGGUGCGUCAAAGCGUGUCGGCGUCAUCCUCCUCCUCCUCCUCAUCAUCGUCGUCAUCAUUCCUGUUCACUUGUGUGGAAAGUGUGACGUUGGCAUUGUGAGGCUCCGUUCGAUCUUCUGCCUUUAUAAAAGCCUUCACUGAAAUACUUCGUAAUACUCAGUUAUGUAUUGAAUGAUGUAUUUUAACCUUUUUCAAAUGUUAUUUGAUACCGUUGUUAGAUUUCUUUAUAUUUACUACUGUUGUUGGGAUUGUGAGCUUUUUCUCGGCCGAUUGGCUCAUAAGAAGCCGUUUGACUGCCUCAUAUUGAGGGUACGUUUUAAAUAUCCACUUGCAUCCUUCUUUGCCUGAAGAAGGGCGAUGAAGAAUCAAAAAGAAUUACAGUAACGUUGAUGCCCACGCAAUGCAGUUUGGAAUUUCGCCCAACUUUAAGGGAAUAUACAGUACGUUUAUACACAAUUGCCCCAAACUUGAGUUCACUGUCUCGCAUGACCCAUCAGCAUUCAAGCAUUAGGUUAUUUUCGUUCCGCAUUUAUGAAUUGUAAUAACCACCCACAACAUGUUUCCCACCAAUGACUUGGCAACGAGACUGGCCGAAGUUCCGGAGCGAAAGAACCACUUUGGCGCGGCGGCAGAAGCGCUAGCUUGUCAAAGCCACGGGGUAAGCAGAGUUGCAGUGUUAGCGGCAUUAGCGUCCGAUUGGAACGUUCUAAUAAUGUUCGGCUAAGUUGUCGACGCGGUGACCAUGCACCAACAUGUACCGAGACAUUCUUGACAAAAAUCUGCUGCUACCUUUGAGGAUGAUGAAAAUGAAACGAGGGUGUACCUUUCAGCAGGAUAAUGAUCCAAAACAUACUGCCAAGGAAACUCUCAAUUGGUUUCAAAGAAAAAAUAAAUAAAGCUGCUAGAAUGGGCCAGCCAAUCACCUGACUUGUGUCCAAUGGAAAAUCUAUGGAAAGAACUGAAACUCAAGGUCCAUAAAAGAAGCCUUACGGAACCGUCAAGAUUUGAAGACUCCUUGUGUGGAGGAAUGGGCCACAAUCCCACCAGCGCAAUGCAUGCGACUAGUUUCUCCAUACAGGAGGCGUCUUGAAGCUGUCAUUGCAAACAAAGGCUUUUGUACAAAGUAUUACCAGUAGUAAAUUCCAGUUGGGGUGUUCAAUACUUUUUCCCUUUGUCAUUUCACAUUAUUACACACAACUUCUUAUUUGUUCUACUUUCUUUGUAUGUAUGGACUACUUGGGUUGUUCCCGACAUCUGGUGAAAUGUUCAUGUCAAUUGCACCUUUACAAAUAUAUUUAAUGAGAAAAAUG